GGGAUCACUUUCGCCCAAUCAAUUCCAUCGAGUGUCUACUUCCUAUCGACACUCUCUCGUGCGAAGCCCAUCGUCUCUCCAUUUGGCUUCACAAAGUCAUGAAGCCUUGAGGAUCCGAAACCCGGAGAAACAACCUGUCCGUACACAAUGGCGACAUCAUCAGACGAAUGGUCCGUCAACGCCAACGAGGCAGUUCAUGUAUCCAUCGUCCAACCUGGCACAGACAAGCUGAUCACCAGACAUGAUUUCCAUCCACAAUUCACUUAUCCCAUUGUUGGCGAAGCAGAACAGAUUUUUGGCUACAAGGAUCUGGAUAUCGGACUCCAAUUUGCUGCCCACGACUUGCGCCCUCAUGUCAAGAUCUCGUAUUCAAAAAAAUUCCCAACCGUUGGCACCACCGCUGCGCUCGACCUGAUCGAAACCCUCACUCCCUUUCUCCCUCCUGUCGCCUUCGAACGCAACUUUGAAUCUCACCUCUUGCAAGACACUGGCGCUCGCGACUGGACUCCCCCAGGUCUCAAAGUGAGCCAAUACUCAAGGGAUGGAAAGGACUUUGAGGUGUGGGCAGGAUCGCUCCUUGAUACGCGCAUGCGACUACUCCUCGACAACAUCCAGAUCUUGAUUGUAUUCUUCAUCGAAGGCGGUCAGUUCAUCAAUCUCGACGAUGUUGAUUGGACCUUAGAUCGAUGGCGCGUCUAUCUGGUCUACCAAAAAUCUCAGCCUCCCAAUCCCAAAACCUCGCCAUAUUCAUUUGUCGGCUACGCAACCACAUAUCGCUUCUACAAAUUUCAGCCGAUCAAGUCUCAAGCCGAAGACUUUGUCUCCCCCAACGCACAAAAGAUCACUCCCAACAAAUUGACAUCCCGUCUCCGAAUCUCGCAAUUCCUCAUCACACCCCCAUAUCAAAGCUCGGGUCACGGCUCCGCUCUAUAUCAAGCCAUCUACUCCGAGGUUAUGGCCGAUCCCACGAUUUUCGAAUUGACGGUAGAAGACCCUAGUGAGGAGUUUGACAAGCUUCGGGACAUGAACGAUUUUGAUGUCUUGGAGUCGCAAUUCCGAGAUGCAGACAUCAAGAUCAAAUCGACACCGCUGUCCAAUGCGGAAAGAGGACGUGUCAAGCGUGUGCCCACUGGAUCACUCCUGCCCUUGACCAAGCUGCAGGAGAUCCGAGCCAAAAACAAGAUUGCCAGUCGACAAUUUGCGCGCAUGGUGGAAAUGUUUUUGCUUGCACAAAUUCCCUUGUCUCAUCGUGCCACGGGAGGAGCGUCAUUGACCAGUCUGAGGAUUAAUGGCCCAAGAGCGUCGAAUGAGCAUGAUCGGAGUUAUUACUGGUGGCGGUUACUCCUGAAGCAACGGAUCAUGAAGAAGAACAAAGAUCUUUUGCAACAGAUACCGCUGGAAGAUCGAUACCCUCAGAUUGAAGACAGUGCUCGAGCACAAGAGGACGAGUACGAAGGUCUCAUUCUCAAGUAUGCCUUGAGACGAGAAAAAGAAGGUGAUCGACACGGUAAUGGCUCGUCCUCAUCGGCCCCUGUGAGGAAGAGGAAGAUUAUCGACUCGGAUGAUGAAGCUUCUGAUGGCGCAAGCGAGUCGUCCAAGAGGCAAAAGGCUUGACAAUAGUCACGGCCAUGGGCCUUCAAACGAAACCCAAAAAUCUGAGCAGAUCUGUGUGGGUGGCGCAGACUUUGCCCGCCAUGUGUCAUGAUGAGGGUUUGAUAGUCAGGAGGAUUGCCAUGACAUUGACGACGAGGUCGGAGAAACCGGGGGCUAUGCGCCUCGUUUUGGCUUAGACAAAUGGUGAAUCAAAAUUGCUGUCAUGCC